AUGGCUUCGAUCGCUUGCUCCCUGCGCGCUGUCGCUCGGCCCGCGGUUAUGCGCAUGGCCCCCCGCGCUGCUUCCCGCCGCGCCUUUGCUACCUCCCAGAUGAGCCUUGCCAAGAGGUACACCAUCGAGCACGAGUGGGUUGACCUGUCGGCAGACCGCAAGUCCGCCACCAUCGGCAUCUCUCAAUACGCCGCUGAGCAGCUCGGCGACGUCGUCUAUGUCGAGCCCCCUGAGAACCUUGGCGAAACCGUCCAGCAGGGCGACGCCGUUGGAGCCGUCGAGUCUGUCAAGUCCGCCAGCGACAUCAACGCCCCAAUCAAGUGCAAGAUCGUGCAGAGCAACACCCUGCUUGAGCAGUCGCCCGCCACCAUUAACAAGGUCCCGGAGGAUGAUAGCGCAGGCGGUGGCUGGGUCAUCAAGGCUGAGGUUGACGAGGAGGGCGCCAAGCAGUACGAUGGGCUGAUGGAUGCUGAGGCUUACAAGGCAUUCAUUUCCGAUUAA